AAUAUUUGGAACUUAUAGAAUCAUUUUUUUCGAUUAUUUAAGUUUGUAUUAUGUUUAUGUUAUAUAAUUAGAGAUCCAAAAUAAACAUCAAUAAUGGCUGACGAAACGGCAAACAUAAGUGCUAAAACUUGGACUCGAAAUAUAGAAGGCAUUAGCAAGAUUGGAUACUCGGACGGCGUAGUUGAUGGGCAAGCUGCUUCUUUUCAAUCGUCAUUCGACAUAGGUUACUCACAGGCUUUCAGUUUUGGAUUUGAGUUAGGAAAGAAAAAGGCAUUGCAACAGCACAAAGAGGAAGAACCACAGCCAAAUGAAUUCAGAGAUCCAAGAAAUAUAAAUUGCCAAAUAUGUUUGAGCAGAACUACGACAGAUAAUGUUGUCAAUCUAUUCAAUAAACAAAAAGAAAGUAACGACAUACAUCUUAAUAAGAAAUAAAGUUAAUUACAAAUUACGAAAUGUAUAAAGCAGUCACAUGGCAAAUA